AGAGAAGCAGGGAGGAGAGAGCAGUGGGAGUGCUUCUAAAUAUACCAUCAACACGGCUGUCUCUCCAUGUCAUACACAGAGUCAGUGGGACUUGGUCGACCGACAGGCAUCUUGGUCUCCGUGAGAAUAAAAGACGAUCACCGGAACAUACGUCAGCAAAACCUGGCGUAGAAAAAUCGAACUCAUAAGAUAAAAGACGAUCACGUUUUAUUUUAGCGGCUAAAGGAAGUAACCUUGGCUGUGUUUUGGCGGUUUAUGGCUGCAGUGUUCUGAAGGAUGCAUAGCGUGAAUAUAAACGUUUAUAUCUUUCCUGCAUUGCCGUUAUUGCAUUCUUACUUAUGUUAAUUGUUUAAAAAUAUACAACGCAGAUUUCGGGUGUUAAUUUACGCUAUUGUCGUACUUUUGUCUAUAAUAUGAAAACGUGUGCUCGUGUUGUGUGUAUCAUUAGUGUGUUUGAGAAGAUUUGAUUGCAGUUUAUAAAGUAAUUAAGUACGAUAUUCAGAUAAGAACUCGCCUUGCUAGCUGGUAAAUAUUACACCAUGAGAAUUCAACGUACUGGAGGACCUCUCUUCCGGGACUAAAUUAUACCAGCUGAAAAUCGAUGGCCUAUUUAUUAUUUAACUAAGUGCGGAUUAUACGAAGUACAUCAAGAAUAUCGCUCUCUGUUUACAAAUUGAUUAAUUGAACGGAACUGUACUGGUGUGCUGAAAUUCUGUCAUCAUGGUGUUUCCAUUUCUGGCUUCGUUCUGCUUUGCGUUUUUGGUUCCCAUCUUCUGCUCUGAAACAGCUUCCUUCUACGGGGCGAGCUACAUCUCUGUGCCCCUACAAGAUGCAAAGAGCACGACGGAGCUGCAGUUCAAGUUCCGAACACGACGCGCAGACGCCAUGUUGUUUUUGGCAGCCGGACGGACCGACUAUUGUCUGGUGCGGCUGGAGUCAGGUAGACUGAAGGUCCAUAUCAACGUGGGUGCUGGAGAGACGGAGAUCUCAUCUCCCAAGGGGCUGCGUCUGGACGACCUCAGUUGGCACAAAGUCUCUGUCUCCAGGCGGGAGGCCGCCAUCACCUUGCAGGUUGAUGUCAUACACGUCGUCAAGGAGCAGCUACCAGGACGCUUCUUCGAGCUGAACAUCCAUUACGGCCUGUUCCUAGGAGGCCAAGGCGACUUCUCCGAACUCUUCCUCGGCCACUUGGACACUCUACGUGGCUGUCUGUCAGACGUCCGUUACAACGGGUUUAACGUUCUGUCGCGGGCCCGGGAACGUCAGGGUCAGGUUGACGUGCAAGGCAUCACGUGGACCUGCGCACCCGAGUUCGAUGCCACCGUUGAUCGGCACAUCAGCUUCGUGGAGGACGGGGCAUUCAUGGCCUUUCCCAACGGCAUAACGCGCACUGGAGCCAGGUGGCAGUUUGAACUGAAGACCACGUCCCGACGUGGCGUCCUCCUUUACAACACGGGCUUAACGUCACGAUCCGACUUUGUGGGUGUGGAGCUGGUAGAUGGCCACUUACGCCUGCUGCUGAACAAGGGUAAUGGAGUGCUUGAGCUGCGCAGCCAGUGGGCUGUGACAGACGGAAAGUGGCAUGAUGUGGUGGUGCAGUUUAACCCCACAUUCAUGGAGAUCAGUGUGGAUGGAGUGCCUGUCAGCCAAAGACUGCCGCAAGGGGGCAGCCGCUACCUUGACCUCGCAGAGACUGUAUUUGUAGGUGGGAUCGAACUGAACAAGAGAUCACGAGCCCUGGGGCAGGGACUACUCACAGCUGACACCAGCUUCAAGGGUUGCUUACAGAGCAUGAUGGUGGAGAAGCGCCGUAUAGGGAUUCCUGAUGCUCGAGUGACGCAGGGCAUCCUGCCAGAUUGUGUGUGGGAAUAUCCCUGUGUACAGGAGCCCUGUGUCCCUGGGUCUCAGUGCCUGCAGCAGGGCGUUGACUCGUUCCGCUGUGAGUGUGACCAACUUCUGUGUGUCAAGCCUGACUACCCGGAUAGCUAUAAGGUGUUCUCAAAACCUACACUGGUGAUGGAUCUAGAGAUUUUGGUGCUGACACCGCUCCAAGUGGCAGAGGGAGACAACACACUGAUCACUACAACCAACAUUGAUGUAGUGCUUGAUUAUGCUAAGUUUGGGGUUCGAGAUUCUGGGGUACUGCUCCAUGUGGUUGAUCACCCACGCCAUGGGAAACUCUCUGUGGAUGUGUGGGAUACGUCGGCCACCAGGCUCAUGUUCACAAUGCUGGACCUGGCCAAAGACAAGGUACGCUAUCUUCAUGAUGGUUCUGAGAAUCACCAGGACAGCAUUGUAUUAGAGCUUGAAUUGGCCCCAGGACCAGGGUUUGUGCUGCCAAACUAUCUCCAGGGACAUCACCGCUUUGUACUGCAUGUUAACAUCACACCAGUCAAUGAUCCUCCUUCCCUGACCCUACCUCCAGGGACCGUCCUCAGACUAGCCCAGGGGACACGUAAGACAUUGACUGCAGAGAUUCUGAGGGCUGAGGACCCUGAUAGUCCGGGUGCUGACCUAGUGUAUACAGUGCUCAGCCAGGGAGAUGCAAAGGAGAAAGGAUAUGUGGAGCGUAUCCAAAGCCCUGGAACCCGCGUGGACACAUUCACGCAACAGGAAGUGGAUCAGGGGCUCAUCGCUUAUGUGCAUCGUGGCGGGGAACCUGGGUCCAACACUCGACUGGCUCUACAGGUCUCUGAUGGGAUUGAGACGAGUCCAGCUGCCUUCCUACGCAUAUCAGCAUUCCCUCUGCAACUGCGGCUUGUGAACAACACAGGACUGGUGCUAAUCCACCGAGCAGCAACCCACAUCAGUGCUGCCAACCUCACAUUCACAUCUAAUGCUGAGGACGAUGAUUUAGAUGUGCGGUAUGAGCUUGUAAAGCCUCCUCAAUUUGGGGUAGUGCAGCGUCUGAGAGGUGGAGCCACUGAUUUGCAGUGGCAAGCUGUAGAACACUUCACAAGCCAUCAGCUGGCAAGAGAUCAGAUUCGGUACUUGCACACUUCAGGGGAACCCACACAUGAUAACUUCAAGUUCAAGGUGUCUGUGAUGGAGGUGCGGAAUCCCACUGUGUACGACUUCAGAAUCACAUUCACGGAGCUCCACCUGGUGCCAAUCCACACGCACAGCUUGCAGCUAAAUGGAUCUCGUGAGGCCCUUGUCACUGAUAAGCAGCUUCUGUAUCAGACACAACCACUCCCGACAGACAGCACCAAAAUCGUGUUCCAGGUGCUGCGCCCCCCACGGUAUGGCACACUUCACUCCAGCUCUUCCAUGAAGCACCAUCGACUGCAAAGUGGGGACACCUUCACUCAACAGGAUUUGGACUCUGCGCGCCUGCGCUACAGACUGCACCGCAAGGCAUACUCUCACGUGCAUGAUGACGUCACAUUCCGAGUGUCCGCCCCAGAAUGUGUGCCUAUAUCUGGAGCGCUCGAACUCCUCCACAUUCCAUCUGGAGAGACUCGCAACGAGGUGCGGGCCACACUUGAGAGACUCCAGGUGGUGGAGGGAGGGCGGCAGCCAGUUCUGCGCACACACCUGGAUCUGACCACCAAUGGAAUCACAGAACUGAUGUACAAUGUAAGCCACGGUCCUCACCAUGGACGCUUGGAUGUGAUGGAUGUAGGACUUGUCACCAUACUGCGCAGGAACACAGCCUACUUCUCAUCACGUGAGCUCAUGACAGAGCGUGUGUUUUAUGUCCAUGAUGACUCAGAGACCAAACGUGAUUCUUUCCACUUUGUAGCACUGUCAUCAGAAGAAGAAGACUUCCAGUAUGUGGGCGUUUUUCACGUGGACAUACUCCUCAAGAAUGACAACACUCCGGUUCGCGCUGUGGAUAAGGUGUUCCAGAUUGUGACGGGUGGGGAGCGUCUGUUGACAGGGCGUGAUCUGCGCUACUCUGAUGCUGAUAUUGACACGCAGCCCAAGGACAUCAUUUAUACCCGUCGGGGGAUUCCCAAUGGCGGCAUCUAUCAGGCCUCUGAUCCCACAGUGCCCAUGUUCGAGUUCACACAGGAUGACCUGGACAACUUCCGUGUCCUGUUCCGUCAUGAGGGUGAUGAGUAUGGAAAAGUUGGGCUGUGGAUCACUGAUGGACAGUUCUAUGCUAAUGGAGUACUGGAAGUUCGUGCUUCAGGCCCUUUCGUGGCAGUGGCAAACAAUACUGGUCUCGUGGUGCAACGGGGUGGUGUGGGUGUUAUCAGUGCUGUCAACCUCAGUGCAGAAACAAACCUGAACCUAUGGGGACAGCAGCUGGAGUUUGAGGUGACAGAGAAUCCACACCACGGCCACCUGCAACUGCAGCAUGAAGCAUCCCGCUUCACACAGCAGGACCUGGAGAAUGGUCACCUUGCGUAUCAUCAUGACAAUGGCACAGCUGUUAAUGACCACUUCAGGUUCCGUGUUGAUGCUGGAGGAACAACAGCCGAGGGAAUGUUUAGUUUCCGAGUGUUUCCAGCCUGGUACUGGGAACCUCUCAUUGUUGCCAACAAUCGGACACUGCAUGUGGAAGAAUCAACAAGUGUAUUAGUGAACAUAAUGAACAUUCUGGUUCCUAAUAGCAAGGAAUUUCCUGCUGUGGCAGGAAUGAAGAAAAGGACAGCAGUUAAUGAAACAGUAUUGACACAUUCGCAGGUGAUGCAUCCAUACAUCCCUGCAUCUGACAUCACGUACUUGCUGGUAGAACCGCCACUUUAUGGCUACCUGGAAGUGUUGUCCAGCCAGGUGGAAGCAGAAGAUGAUGUUGGUGAGGUGGAGGAGUCUCGCCCAGCUCCUGUAACUCUUUUUGACCAAUCAUUGAUUGAUGAUAAACGUGUUCAUUACAUCCAGGCAACAGCUAACCGGACGAGGGAUAUGUUUGUCGUGGAUGUUACAAAUGGUAUCUCUUGGCUUCGAGGCCUGGUGGUCCAGUUUCUCAUUGUGCCUGAGUGGCUGUAUAUCUCUGGUGGAGAGCUACGUGUCAUGGAAGGUGAUGCCGUCACUUUGCCUGAGUCCAUGCUAGCAGUCCUCACUGAGUAUUACCGUGGGAGAGUAACAGAGUACCAUGUUAUUGAGCUACCCAGUGCCGGAUCUAUCCAGUCGCUAAGGGAGCCCAGGAUCCCGCUUCACAAGUUCUCCGUCUCGCAGCUCAAAGCAGGGCUCAUACAGUACCGGCACGAUGGCAGUGAGACCCUGGGAGACCAGUUCACGGUGCACGGUAUCGCUGGUGACAAGGAGAGUGUCCCAGCGGUAGUGAGGGUUCUUGUCUCUCCUGUAAAUGACGAACCACCGCACAUUGCAAACAACACUGGGCUCGUGCUUUGGGAGGGUUCAGCUGCUGUCAUCACAUCCACACACCUUGCUGCUGUGGAUAUGGACACUGGGCCCAGUAACCUGACCUUUACUGUCAGCUCCCCAAAGAAGGGUCAUGUGGCACUGGCAUCUGCACCUAGUGUACCUGUCAGACACUUCAGGCAGGUGCAGAUCAACAGUCGACAGGUUCUCGAAGGUGUCACAGGGGGAGAAGGCGGUGGCUUCGACUUGACAGUGAGCGAUGGUGUCAAAACAACCGGUGUGCUGAGUUUCAGCAUCACAGCCCGUAAGGUAACCUUGCAUCUUAUAGCACCAGGCUCCUCACAUCUUCACGUGUUCCCUCUGCAUCGCCAGACUCUCACACCCACCCAGCUGUUUGCUCUCGCCUCGGACACACGGCGGCUCGUGUCUUACAUAGUCAAGAGCCCACCUGCUCUUGGCCGCCUGAUGAUGGAGUCGGUACCACCAGGAAACCCACACCCUGCUACAAACUUCACUCAGCGUGACAUCAACAGCAGCAGAAUAUUCUAUGAGCACACACAUCCUUUCUUUGGGCUGUCAACCAAUGACUCCUUCACCUUUGAUGUGAGGGCUGACUUUGCAGAGCCCCUGCUGGACCAGGAACUGCACAUAGACAUUUCAGUGUCAUCGGGUGGGCUGGACCAGUUUCUGGAUGUUCUGCCCCUCAUUGUGGAAGAGGGUGGUAUGGCAGUGUUGCAGCUCAACACGUCGGGAGUGAUGGCAUUUCUAGAGGCACAUGCUGACCUGGAGACAGCCCCUGCCAUCCUGGUGCAGCUGUUAGCUAGCCCUCAGCACGGGGAGCUGAAGAUGUUGGAUGAAGGCAAUGUGACCACAUUCACGCAGCAGCAGCUGGACAUGGGCGCGGUGACCUAUCACCAUGACCAUUCUGACACUCUUCUUGAUGACCUCCACCUGUCGCUGCUGCUGGAGCCAGGUGAUGUGUUGCUGUGCAAUGUCACAGUGCCAGUCCAUGUCCAGCCUGUGAAUGAUGGGCCCUUCUCGCUGUCGACAGCUGCCCCACACAUUUCUGUAGUUCAGGGCCAGACUGUUGUCAUCACACGUGAGAACCUCCUCACUGAGGACCCUGACACAUCUCCGGAGGGACUCAUCUAUGAAAUAAUCAGUGGUCCUAGUCAGGGACGCCUGCUGUUCAGAAAUGAGACAACGAAUAAUGUGACGUCAGUGGUGAGGUUCAGUCAGGCAGACAUCGAUGGUGGCUGUGUACUAUAUCAGCACUAUGGGCCCCUGCAGCCCUCUACUUUCUACUUCAGGGUGUGGGAUGGGCAGUUUAAUCCAGCAUACAGUCUGUUUAAUAUUCAUGUUUUACCCCUGACACUGAAUGUGACUGUUGGUGCCCCAGUCAUGUUGCAACAGGGGUCCAGUGUAGCCCUCAUCACUGCAGACAAUCUGCUGGCCAUUACAAAUGCUAGGAGGGAGGAGGUGAGCUACAAUGUGACACGUGCACCAAGACAUGGGAUGGUGUAUCUGCAUGAUGUGGCGACACGUCAGUUUGGACAGCUUGAUGUGGACAAGAAACGAGUCAUGUAUGUGCAGACAGACAUGACCACAGCAAGUGACUCCAUGGAACUAUUGGCCUGGCUCCCAGACAGUGACACUCUUAUACCUGGCCUUGAUCUCAAUGUCAGCGUUGAGCCACUACUGCGAAUGGGAAAUUUCUCACCCAUUGCUGGGAUGAGAAACAAGAUCACCCUCGAUGUGCUAGAUGCAACUCCAUUGGCGAAACUGACUGGCAGUAACCCUGGGUACCAGGUGUUGCAUCGACCACGCUAUGGCCGUAUUAAGAAGAUCAUCCGUAGCUCUGGGGACCGCCGCAAUGCAAGGGAGCGUGAAGUGACUCACUUCACUCAUGAAGAGGUGAAGAGUGGAGUGAUCUACUAUGUGGCCCGACGACUGUCCGACCUCAUAGCUCAUAAUGACAGCUUCCCGUUCCUGCUUGCUGUCUCCAUCUUUCAACCUGCUCAUGGAGAAUUGCGGUUUAUCAUCCGUCCAGAACAUGGAGAGGAGCUGACUGCUACCCCCACUGCCUCACUGCCUCCUAUCCUGUCAGGACCCAAAGACCCUGUGGGUCGUGAGGGAGGAUUCAUUGUUGCAAGCCCCAACAUGAGUAGUGAUUAUAUUCUCAUUGUCAGCAUGGUGCUGGGGGUGAUAUUGUUGGCAGUGUUGGUCAUUGUUGUUGUCAAGUGCCGCUCAAUGCAAGUAGGGCGUGAAGACACAAGGAACUGCAAGUCAGACCUUACAGCAGUCCCCCCAGUACCCUUACCCCGGCCACCAGAUGUCCUCCAACCGACAUCACCUCACCCAAAACGCUUUACAUCAAAUGGAUCAUCUCCAACACCAGGAAACACAUCGCUUCCUGCCCCAGCAUCUGUCCUCCAGUGCAAAGUGAUUCCUAUAGAGCCUGUGGACUCGGUGGCCAGUUCCGAGCCGGACCUCAACUCAAGGUAUCCUUAUGGAGUGUCGGAUGAGCCCACAGAGGACUGGAGCAGCUAUGAUACUUCAGAGCUUGGAUAUCCACACAGGACUGCCAACCCAAUGUUACGUAGAAAUCAAUACUGGGUCUGAGACAGAGCAUUAGAGCAGUUCCAUACUGCUCGACCCAUGAACCUUUACAUUAUCAGGGCUGUCCAUGACCUACGCAUAUGAAACAUGGAAGUGGCAAUUAUGGCCUUGUGAACUGACCAAUGAUAAAUAGUUUUGGGGGUAAAUCAACAUGUUGACCUCUUGGGAUUCUGGUAGAUGGCAGCACAUGGGUGCUGAGCUUGAAGCAACAAAUUAAACCUAGCACAAUUUCCUGGAUGUACCAGAUGACACAAUUAUGAAUUGGGAAUAUUGUGGAUUAAAGUAGCAGUGACAAAUUUUAAAGUAUUCUCUCAGCAUUUUGCUGCAGACACUGAGAAAAACGGCCAAGAAACCUCUGUCAGGAAACAUGGUGUCAAGGUAGAUUUGGAACAGGGAUCCCCAUAAUAUUAGGCAGGGUUGGUGAGCUCUAUGCCACGAUGUCCAUUGGUCCAGAACCCUCAUGCGGGUUCACUUCAUGUUCUCAGUUCAUUCAACAGGCAUUUAUGUGCUUCAUGAGUUACUGAGUAUUGAAGGAAGGGAUGGGAAAUAUGCAGAAAGAAGCAGAUACGGCCUGCAGUAAAGUAACACCUCAGUAAUAAACUGAGGAAAACUGCAAGACACCUGACAUCCAGGCAGAGAUCUGAAUGCAUGACCUCCCACUUACAAAGUAGGAGUAUGAACCACAAUAGAGUAAUGAUCAGUCCUCAAAAGUCCAAGUGUGGGUUUUGUUUUGUUUUGUUUUGUUUAUUUGUUCAUUUAAUAAGACUAUGUCAAAAAUAUUCAAGCUGAAAUCAUUCAGUCAGUAUAGUGACUUGGCUAUGGGAUGGAUGACUGAGGUAUUGACAGGGUUUAAAGGUGAGAGUCUUCUCUACAACACCCUCAUCGGUUUUGGGGCCCGCCCAUCCAUCCUCCUAUCCAGUGGGUAUUACGGGCUCUUUUCUGAGUGUAAAGCAACCAGGGUGAGUAUCUGACCACUCACCUCUUUCUAGUGCCAAGGGUAAAUAUACAAGUAGUUAGACCUCCACUCCCCCAUAUGUCUUCACAGGAUGGUACUUAAUUAAGCACAGGGACAAAUUUACAUUUACCUUAUGCCAGGAACAUGAAUUCAGUGACAUGAUAGUUUGGGUGGGGCAUUGUCUAGCCUACAUACCAUAAAAUUUUCUUUUCAUAGUCAGGCUGUCAACUCCACUGAACUGUACUCAAUAAUUCUGAUGACUCAGUUCCUGAAUUUAGUUCCUUCGGUCCCACGCUCAUAUCCUGACAGGCUGGUGUCUCGAAUCUCAACUGUCUCUCAAUUGUCAUCUCUUCCCAAUCAUCUUCAAUUGCCGUCUCAAGAGACUCCCUAAGUUCUAAUUAUGUUGGUCUAGGAUCCUUGUUAUGUAGCCUUGGAUUCACCCCCACAGAAAACACCUUUUCCUAACAAUUCCUCUGUUGUUAUAGGGGUGUGUUUACCUGACUGUUGCAUAGAAAUAGUAGUUCUUCUACUGUUGUGUGUAUGUUCAUUUCCUCAGGAACCUGUUUAUUGAGCCAUUGCCUAGCAAUGAAUGUCUACUCUGGCUUCACUAUUCCGGCUUUCAGGCGGCAUAUCACAAUACUGUGACAUUACUUUUGCAAAAUUAUCCUGCAGACUGAAUACCUAUGUUUGAUACAGCAUUGUUCCAAAAGCAACACCACAGCUAAAUGAUUGUGUUCUCUUUUGAUUAGGUGACUGAAUGAUCAUAUCUCAUUUAGAUCUCUAAAUGAUAUAAGGUAAAGAUUAUUUCUUGUAACACUGCUAUCUGUGCUUAUCAGAAUUCACUGUCACAUGCUUUUCACCUUGUCAGCUGAAGAUGCCUGAUCAGCCAAAAUGUAUGUCAUUCAAUUUAUAAAGAAAUUUUUGUUGUGAGAGCAGAUAGUCAGUUACAAGAAAUUAUCUUGAUAAUACAUACCACAUAUUUAUGGUUGUAACCCCUUCUGACACCAAAAUGUCUUGUGUCUAGGGUUCCGUGACUAAUAGUAACAGGUUCCGGAUUGGAUGAUUGGAUUUAUUGAUGCCUUCCAUUACAAUCAGUCAUAACAGCUCACAAUCAAUGACUGUCUGAGUCUUGCUCCAUUCCCUAUGGGACCACAAGUGUAUCCUCUUCCUCUGUGACUGACUUGGUUCUGAUUUACGAGUCACUCACUUCCAGUUCCAUUAUCCACUGAUUAACACUCCACAGCUGAACACUCAACUAUUGAACUGCCUUCUGAAUUCUCUUACAAAUGAUGAAUGCUGGCCCACAUGCAAAUGACUCUUCAGUAUGCUCAACUCACAAGUCACUUACUUCAGGAGAAGUGAAUAGAGAUCACCACCAAAAACAGUUCCUCUAUCACUGUGUUCCUAUUAGUUAUCAUGGGAACGUGUGUUAGUUUCAUAACCAUGUUCUGAUUUCUACAAGUUUAUCGGUUGCUGUGGAUACAUAUUUUAUUGAGCCGUUGUCUAGCAAUGGACAUGUCUGCAGUGCUCAUUGAAUGCACUCUUCCAGCGUCAAGGCAUCAUGUCACGGUUAGGUAAAAUUGCUUGUGUUCCUAAGUACAAAGCCAAAAAGUGGUAUAAAGCAAACGUGUAUCUAAAAUUCUAUGCAUUCAUAAUCUCUGCACUGGAUGGAGAUGAAGGUUGGAAGAGGACUGUGUACCCAUUAUACAGGGCCAAACUAAGGAAUUAGUACUAAAUGGUCAUAUGUAGCCAUGAAAUUGAAGGAGAAAGUAACUGACACACAUUGGAAAUAGUGAAGCACUCUUGCUUCAAGUUUUGCACAAUCCCCAUAAGAAAGCUAUGAUGCAUGAAGCCUGUGGCAUCACUAAAAAUGAUGAAUUAUCAUUGAAAGAGAAAUUACCAAGCUGUCUUAAAGAAAAAAAUAAAUAAAACGUCAACAAUAAACACUGCAUAUUGUGUGUGUUGCGUUUAUUAUGUGAGAAAGGAAAUCACAUUCUCUGUGAGUACUUAACAAUUCAAGGAUCAUAUAAUUUAUAGUUGAAGGAAAUGUGGUAUAAGAGCUUGUUCAUGGCCUGAAGAUCAAAGUGUUUUUUCAUCACAGAAUCAUUUUCACAUUGCCGGACAUCAGUUCUGCCACUGCAGAAGAUGCAUUAAGACUUUAGGGCAGAAGAAUAUUCUGAAUGAUUCUGCAGGUUAUACCAGUUCCAUGAUGGAAAGAAAUGUCCAGGUUUGGGAAUAAUACUUUCUGUUGUCCAAAAGUGGUGCUAUUUGUAAACUGUCAUCCAGUAUAUCAAUCAUUUGUAUCAGGAAUAUUCUGUAACACAACAACAGCUUGUGAAGUAAUGCUGGGAUACUCUGUUUCCAAUUUUUAAGGGAAACAGUAAAAUUACUUUAUUAACCUAGAUGAUUACAUAAACUUUAUAUUAUAUCAGUUGAAGAAUAUUUACAGCCAGAGACCUGUAAUAGUCAUUGACCUCUUAACCCUUUCCAUGAUUUUUGUUAGAAAUAUAUCCCUUUGUUUCAAAAUACUGCCUUCUGGGAUGUGAUACUGUGUAUUGUUUAUAGUUUAUGUAAGAUGAUGUCACUGAUUCAAACUAUAUAGCAUAAAAUGGGCAUAUGUCAAUAAAUAAUGAAUUUGAAGUCAUGGGGAAGGAAACCAUCAUGGCCAGCUUUAAGGGUAUGAAUCUGGAAUUUGGCUGGAGAGACUGAGGGAAACCAAGAAAACAUCACUUAGGAUAAUCUGUAUCCUGACUAGUACUGGGCACCUCCAAAAUACAAGUCAGGAGUGUAACUACUUGAGAUGAGUAGCUUGGUGACACCAUGAAAAGUUACAAGUUUUUGGAGGAAGUGGCUGCAUCCCUCUUCAGACCUGUACAUUGAACCUGAAGGUAGCAUGUAGCUCAGGAAUAACUGAAUUUUGUAGAGAUUGUGUGGUACCACAUCCCAGAAGAAGUGGCCUCUUUACUUUCUAUUGCUGAAAAUGCCACACAUAGUUUGCUUUAAUUGCUAAAAUAUGGUGGUAUAUAUUUCCUAUAUGCAUCAUCAUAAACAAUAAAUCCAGACCAGACAGGACAAUUCUUCUGAGAGAGACAUCUCACGCAUAGCAUGGAAAGUGUUAAAGUCCUUACAGAUUAUUUGUAUUAUAUUAAAUUCAAUUAUAAAUGUGUACCUUUUGCUGGUCUCAGUGUGAAAUCUCACCAAGGCUCAGUUGGCAUUCUUGAGCCUUGACUUCAUUUCACAUUAAGUCUGUGGGGCUGUUCUGAGUGGUGCAGAUGUCCAUAGGACAAUAUUUCAGCUAAAAUACCUAAGAAAUCAAAAUGUAAAAGAGUCCUUCUAAGUGAAAUUGAAGUAAUUCCAACUUGUUCAACUGUGUUUCAUGUUUAUUGAUAAAAAAAAUUUAAUUGGGAUGUGACACUGUGUAGUCUGGUAUAAGAUUACUGUUUCAGAGGAAGCUGCUGUCUCUCUCUUCGAGGUUGAACAGUAAGCCAAGUGUGUAACAUAGCAGUUAGCAGAGUUCUCUGCUUUGUGAUUUAUCUGUGUUUUGUUGCAUGAUGAUGACAGUACAUAGGCUAUACAGCUUCAACUAAUAGGGUAACUGCUGGAUAAUGAAUUGGAAAACAUUUGGAAGGAGGUGAUUGUGACCUCAGAAAAGUCCUAUCCUGGUAUUUCCUUGUGUGGACUAAGGAAAAUUACGGAUAUCCUCAAUCAGUAUAGCUCAUGACCCAGCCAAAGUCUUAACUGGCCAUCUCCUGAAUACAAGUCUGGAACAUUAAAACUAUAUCAACCUGCUUGCUCAGUCUGCUGCUUGCAUGUUUCACCUAAUCUUCGACCUCGAAGGUGGAAGUAAUAGUGUUCCAAAACAUAGAUUAACUCCUAUCAGACUACAUGUCAUCACAUACCAGAAAACAUUAAUCUUCAUAGUCACUGCCAUAAGAACAUCAAUCAAGCAAUGAGAAAACUGACAAGUACAUUAUUGCAAUUUUCUGUCAGGCCAAGACCUCAUUUAAAAGAUCAGUGUUCAGAGAACUGGUUAGAGAAGUGAUUAAUAUUUUGUUUAAUGAUUCAUUGUUUGAAUGUGAAAUCCUGUAAUUGUGGUAGUCGUGAACAUGGGAUCUAUUACCUGAACAUUAAGAAUGUGAACUCUUAAUUUACAGAGCAUAAGAUACGUGCUAUGUUUGGCUGAUCAGAGAAGAGAGGUUGCACUAUUUCUGAAUACACAGAACUUACAAUGUGUUUGUCUCUUCCAGGUAUUAUGUGUUCUGUAUUAAGUUCAGCCAUUAGCUGCACAUAGUGUGAAAUAGUGUGUUCAAUGAUGAUCACAUCAAUCAAGGUGGUAACCAGUGUACGUAGGAAGAAAUUAACUGGAUUUAUUUUGAGUAGCUGUUGCUAGUUGAAUAAUGCUGGAAAUAAAAUUCUAAAUUACUGGUAAUAAGUCAUAUUUGAAAAUAUUAGGCUGACAGGCAUUUCAAGCAUCACAUUUCACCCUGAGGAUAGAGACAGUGUUCUUCCAAUAUGUCAGUACUGCCCACAAGACUACACAGUAUCACAGCCCCGGAGAUCACAUUGUGAAUUUCGAGGAUUGGCACAACUGCAGGAGUAUGAAGAGGCUGGUUUCUUUUGAUUCUUGAUGUGUGUCUGUGUUUCUGAUGAAAAAAGUAAUUGAAGAGUUUCAGAAUAUUUUACAUUUUUAAGGUAAUUGAAACAAAAAUCAGGGGAAUACAAUUGGUAAGGCAUAAAUCAGAGGUGGACCAUUAUGUAUCAGCUGAAGUAUACCAAAGCAUGUCCAUAAUUUUAAUUAACCUCAGUCUUCAAUUCACUGACCAGUGGAUUGAAGGGGAGACAAUGUAUCCAAAGCAUCUGAGCGGAUAGACCUUAAAAAUGCCUGACAUGUAGUCUGGGCUACAUUAUCAUGGUAUAUAAAUGUAAUUCCACCAGUUUUAUUGUGUGCUGAUAUGUACUUAGUGCUGUAACUCAGAGUAAGUAGAUAACCUCUUCACAAAUAGAAUUUUCCAUGGAGGAGAAGGGAAUAAGGCUGUGGGGUCUGGGUCAAAUCAUUUUCAUAUAUAAAUGAAGCUUUACAAUUAAUUCAGUAAAAUAAUUCAGUAAACGAUCAUUACAGUACAUAGUGAAUGCAGAAAACUAGAAACAUACCAAAUUUUGGUAAUGAAAUCUUCACUGAGAAGAUAGUUUUAAAUAGAGCUAAGGUCUAUAACCACACACAUUAUGAAAAAGAAAAAUUUGUAUUGUAUAACUGGAGAUUAAAUCAAGGACAAUGGAUGUGUUGCACAGAUGGGAGAAAUGCAUACAUACAUUUGGUCAGAAAACUGAAGAGAACAGGUCAUUUGGGAGACACAGGCAUAGAUUGGAGAAUAAUAUUAAAAUGGAUCACAGAGAAAUAAGAUGUCUACUCCUAUACUGCAUUGACCUGGCUCAGAAGUUAAUUAUUUACAACCUGAAGCUUAUAAAUUCCAAAACCGUACAGUCAAAUUACAAUUCUUACCUUCUUUUUAACAUAAUGUGAAAUCCUAUUACAAUAAAAUAAGGAUCUGAAAUAUAAACUUGCUUCAUGACAGUUACAUUCUCACCAAAUGAUAAUGAUCUUAAGGAAGUUAUGGGCUUGCUCUGAAUGUCAGCAUAUGUGGUAGAGCCACCUAGUUUUGCCCUUAGAAACAUUGAAUAGAGAAACUAACCUCUGGGUAGUUAGAAUACUAAUUGACCUAACCUAUCCAAAAUAAGGCUGAUAGCAAGGCAGUGACAUGUUAAUGUUGUAUAAACAGAUGUUCUGACUCUGCUUCAGUGGUUCUCAAAUGCAAGCAGCCAUAAUGAUUUCUUAGUUUCUGUUUCCGAUAUUUUAUUAAACAGAAUAAAUAUGACAAAAGAGAAGGCAAGUAAACACAUAUGUUAGAAUAAGAAACAUCUGUAUUGUGCAUAAGUGAAUAUAUUUUAUUUUACACUUUGUAUUACACAGUAGCUGGUCUAUUAUAAGCCUGACAAUCAUUUCCUUAUAAGAAUGGUGAUCCUGUUUUCAGUUAAUAUAAUGAUUGUGGUGAUGAAGACAGAAUAUACAAUGAGAGGGAAUUAAUUCAAUGGCUAGCAUAAAUAAAGGGUUACCAGUCUUGAAGUUUGUAUAUUACAAGAAGGAAUAAUGCUAUUAAUAUUGUAUACUAAUAACCUGACUGCCAUCUGUGGGCUGAUUGUCUAGAGAAUAUGGGCACCUCAAUGUCUUACAACCCUGUGGGCCUCCACAACCUGUUACAAGGAUAGCUUUACCUUUUUACUAAUGACUUACGUGAAGUAUCACAGGAAAAUAAUCCACUGAACUGUACUGGAAACUGUGGUGUUAAGAAGCUAAUUGACACUUGACUAUCAGAGUUCCGAACAUAACUCUCCCAUAAAGCAGGAACUGUUUCUGGAAUUUUAUAUCUGACAGAUUAAAUUGUUGUACUAUUAAUAAUUUUCAGUUUUAAUUACUGGUAUUUCAAUCAUCCCCAACUAGUACCAAGGUCAAGAAUACAUGCAUUUAUACAUCUGGUCCCCCAUAGAUCUUCAUGGUGUAGUGCAUAAUUAGGUAAACACAAUGACAAGUUUUACCAUAUUUUAAUUAGUGUUAAUUGAUCACUUCCAUGCAUUUUACAAAUUUUUCUCCAACUUAAACUAACAUUUUUGUUCACAUAAAUUGAUUCAUAGAAUAUUUUACAAACUUUCAUGAAACGUGUGUGUUCACAGAAUAUCAGUUAGUACUUACUGCACAGAGCUUUAUGUUCAUUACAAGAAUACAGGCUUACAUUAUGAUUCUUGUGAGAAGAAAUAUUAGCCUCUCACAAUUCACUAUUUACUGCUCAUGAAAUACAACAGUAAAAUAUAGGACUAUAACUAAAAGUGUAACCUCUCCUCCUUUUGAAGUGAUACCAAUUUUAUAAGGAAACUAGUGAACUUGCUUAUGUCACUGAAUGUUAUAGUUUGUCACAGUUGUGAGACCAUUCUGGCCCACCCAACAUAAUCUCACACACCUGAUGGAAAUAGUGCAUCUGAAAAUAACUUGAUGAGCUUCAUGAGAAGGAAGAGAUGGUAAUAUUUCAUACAAAUAACUGUACACAUUAUUCAACUCUAGAUUCUUUGAGACCACUUAUAUAGUACCUCAUUUGAGUUCUGGGUCCUUCAUAACUCUUAGUGAGAAAAUCCAGUACAGACUUAAAUAGAAGUAUGUUUUUGGUAGUGUUGUGUAUUGGUAGAACCUGUUUUGGAUGAGGGUGACUGGAUUCCGAUUUACUGUGUUUACCUGAAAAUUUCCUCUUUAUUUCAAAAUGCUAUGUGAAAUUUAAAUUUAUCAAAUGAAUAUGAUGUAUGUAUUUGAGAACCACUGGCUCUGUUACAUUCUGAUGUUGGGUACAUACACAGGUUAGACUGAUGUCUCACGCAUGCUGAUAUACUUGACAAAGAUCAUCAAAAGAACUUGUAGGUACCAAGAGAUCACUGUUGUUACUAAUUGCUUUUGAGGUUAUUGGUCUGCUGCAGAUGUAACCUGUUGUAACACUUCAACUGCCAAAUUCUUCCAUACAUCAAGGUUGCUUGGGGGUAAAUGCAGUUACACAGGUUUCCCACUACAUUGGUAGCUGUCUACCAGACUACACCAUAUCACACCCCAGAAGACAGUAAUCACAAUGCUCAGUUCUUAAUUCAGAACAAAUCAGUUCAAACCCUGACAAGAGCACUGACUUUCCUGGCUGGGAUAUCUCAUGAUUUUCCUCCGUUCUUCCACACACAUAGUCUGGGACAGAACUCUGAAGUGCAUCAAUAUCAUCAGCUUUCCCCAUUCUUUCCAGUUACUGCAAGUUAUCUUCUUAUCAUUUUAUUAAAUGCUGGGUAUCAUCUGCAGCUGACAUGAUAUCAUUAAAUAGCCCAUCAGUUAAGCAGAAUUAUGACUUAGGCUUCCAUAUGCUUUUUAAAUUAUAUGUCUUACUUUGUUUUGUGUGUUCAGAGAAAAGGAGUUUCCUUUGUAGCUUAUUUUAUGAUGCUGUCAGUAUCUAAACUCUGUAGUGUCAAAGGAAGGACGGUUCUGCUGUUUCCUAAGACAGUGGUCCCAAGCUUCUGGUCCAUAAAUUGCAAGACUAGUACUCUGAGAUAUAGACAGUUACCAAACAUUCUGCUUUCACUCUCAGAGCAGAAGAUGGUGUACACAGCAGUCUCCCCAGAACACUGGUAAUCCUCUGCCAGAUUACACAGCGUUAUGUCCCAGAAGACCACUGUUCUGAGGGCCUCAAAUUCCAUGGAACGUAGAAGUCCUAUCUUUUGGGAUCUGAUGCUAUGUAGUGAUGUUCCAGAGGAACAUAUCACCUCCAUCUUCAAGAUUGAACAGUAAGCCAAGUAAGAAACCCAAACAACCCUCAAGAUGGAUCCAAUACUCAUAUUUUCCUUCAAAAUAUCAAUUGAUUUUCACUGAACUGCAAAGCAUUGUAUCCUAGAAGACAGAACUCUUCAUACUCACCUCUGUGAAAACCUCAUAUCUCUGUACAUUACAAUUCACACUACAUUGUAAUCAUAUACAGUAUAACUUCAUUAUCACAUCUGAAAAGAUUUCCAUUAUACAGACAGUAACCUAUUUUUAUUUCAUUUUUAGGAACUAAAUAGCUUCUCUUAUACAUUAUUAAUUUUAGGAUUACUGUUUUAAAUGUAGUCAAUUGAGUACCCAGUUUUCAUGGAAAACUGGUUGGCCUGCCAUAAAAUCCUUAUAUGAGGUCACGGUGGGGGAAUGUAUUUAUAAUUGCUAAUAAUGUGUUUAUAAAUUAUUAAUUUGUUUAUCAGUUUACUCAUACAUUGUAUGUAUCCAACAUCAAUUAGAACUAUAUUUCAUCUAGUUGUAAGGAAGUCUCAAGGGUUUGUUAACCAUCACACCAUUACUUUCGUUGUAAUGUACAUUAGACAGUGAAUUUACGCAUUAAAGAUGUGUUGUCCACGUCCUCCCGAACUAUUGUACACAACUGACACAUGCACACAUAUGCACCCACAAAAAUACACACACACACGCACAUGACAUAACACUGAAAAACCUCCAGGUAAGAAUAUAUAUGUACAUAUAUUAAUGUCACUGUAGUUAAACUGUGUAUGGGUGUGAAAAAGUGGCAUAUUUUUUCAAGCUUCGGAGUGAAUUUUUAUGUAUAAUGAGACGGUAUGUUAUGAAGUAUGUGUAUGAAACAGAAAAUGAGUAACUUGUUUUUUUUUUUUUUUUUUUGUAGAACAGAAGUUGAAAGUUAUGUAAGGUUGGUUACACUGUUAAUUGAAGGGGUGCAUGAUCUUUGUUGGCCUAUGUCUCUGCUCCUGUUUUCCAGUUUUUAUGGUUCUGUGUGACUUCCUGCCAGUCCUGCAAGUUGUAAUAUUGUGUUUCAGCAUCCUGUUGCAUUGAUGUAUUUAUUUGUAUAACACAAUUGUAUUUCCUUCUCAGAUGCAACUUAUUAUCUUGUUCUAUUACUCCAUCACUACAUGUUCACAAGCAAUAUGUAAUUUAAAAAAAAAAAACAGGGAGUGAUUUUGGCAAGAUAGAUAUGCAUCUGAUGAUGGCUGUGUACAGCCGAAACACGUAAUGAUAGAGAAGUGAGACAAGACAGCAAGUUCCAUUUGAGACGGAUGUAUACAAAUAUCUACAAGCUAUAUUGUAACAUGUCUGAAAAGCACCUAGCAUUAACACAGUGCAUCUUAGAUUUCAUGUUUAUAAUGUCACCUUACAGUUAUGCAUAAUUUAUCAUUAUAAUGACCAGAAAUUGCUUUGCUGUCACUGUCUUGCUUUACUUUCAGUUUAUCUAGGAAAAUUACCUAAAUAAAAGUGUCACAUUUUUUCAAAAUUCUGUCACUAUGCAAUUGAUGACAGAAACUUAUAAGCAUAAGGCUAGGGUGACUUUGAGUGAUAUACUUUUGUCUCUAAAGUCAGUUGACAUGAGCGUGUAAUAUUUAUAUUUAUUGCUGAAUGGGAUAGAUGGACAGACAGACAAUUGAAACUUCAUGAUAAGUUUUCACAGAAUUAACGCUUGUGUUUUGAAUUGUAUAGUGCCCAAGGUAAGAAGCACAAAGUAUUUAAAAUUAAAUAUUUUGGUUGAUUGUGCCGUCUCUUAACAGUAUGCAUUCUCAUACCAGUUCUUCUCUUAUUGCUCUAACAAACUCACACCACUUUAAUUUUUUAUGUCUGCUUCAAUAUGUUGUGGAUUUUAAUUUCAUAUAUGCUGCUUUCGGUCGAGGCAGCAUAGUAAAGCUUGUAUAGCAUUGAUUUUGAAACUAUGAGUUGUGGCUGUCCUGGGGUUUGCUGAUUUCUCAAGACUUAAAAUAUAUCUGUGUCCCGACAGAGCUUUGGCCACUCACUAAGUCAGUAAAAUACUGUAUAGUUGCUUUCAGAAAGUGAAACUCCAGCAAGAAAAACAGUACACAACUUCUGUAACUAUACAGGAAUAUUCCGUAGCUUACUGUAGGUACAGAGAUGCUGUAAUGCUACUUAGGUAAGCCGGACAUGGACCUGCAACACUGGGUACAACUAUGCUCUUCACUGACUUGCAGAGAUGGGAAUUGUCAGACAAAUUAAUGUGUAUUCUGGGGUAUCACAGUAUCAUAAAUUUCAGAACCUCCUGUGAUGUAGUACCUAGGAGCAUACAGACUGGGUGGGUGAGGAAUGGGGGUUGAUUCCCAGCAGGGGCAAGAUAUUUUUAUCUUCUCCAUGAUGUGUAGAGCAGCUCUGGGUCCCAUCCCUCUCUAGUUCGUUCUGGGGCUGUCCCCCUGUGGUGAGAAUUUGACCACUCACCUGCAUGUGUUGAUAAGGUUAGGAAUGUCUAGAACUAUAUCUCCACUCCCCCAUAUGACUAAAAACCAUGGUGCUUAAUGAAGCAUAAGGACGAUUUUGCUUUUUGUAACCUGUUUUUGACAUGUAUUUUAUCCCCAUAAAUUUGUACCUUUCGGAAAAAUACCAUGAAAGUAACUUAAGAUAGGUCAGAGCCACUUCAGAACUGGAGCAGGGAUAUAGUCAGAUGACAGAGAGACUUCUAACAUGUGUCAGUGCUGUGGUGACUGCUAUCAAGGUGAUGUUACCAUUCUGUUCAUGAUGUAUUAUGUAUUAAGGACAAGUUUAUAUAUUAUGUCAAUACAGAAUAUAUCAGUAAAUCAUGAGGAACCUUCUACUUUCUUCACACAAUGCUGGCAUUCCAUGACACUUAGAAUCAGCUAUGACCUUAUUUUACAGACAUCUGACAGUCGUCACAAUGACGGGGACAACUAUGAGGUACACUGCACUACCUGUAAUCGUAUGUUAGCGAACAGGACUGACAUGAGCUGUGAACC